UUCAUCUUUAUGCAUUCUACUGUCUCAGGAUCCUUAAGUUUUCCACACUUAUGGGAAACAGAAUUUGGUUUUGAAUAUUCAAAGCAGGUGGUUCUUUCAAAAUGUGUUAGAUUCAAGACAUUAUAUUCUUCCUUAUAAUCAUAUAAGUCCCUAUGUAAAUUCUAGAAAUUGAAGAACCGCUCUUAAGAUAUACUAUAGGCAAUAUAUUAGCCAAAUUGAGGAAGAAGUUUAUGGUGAAAAUGAUCAUAUCAGUGAAGAAGUAGGACUGAUGAAAAGACUCAAGGAAGCAUUUUAUCCGAAAUCCGACACUCCUUGUCUAGGAAAAUUUGCUUGCGAGGAGAAAAUCAACUGAGACAGAAGGGCUAAAUCAGAUUGCGAAUCACAAAUAUUAAAAUAAACGGACAAUGAGUAAUCUGCUGGGCAAGGAGAAGGCUCCCAUCCGGAAUAAGAAGAGAUCAAAACGGAAGAAGAGGAAAAUGAUGUUCCAAAGAGACCUUCUUCGGAAAAAGAAGAGACUAUGUAAUAAAUACAAGGGACUCAAUAGGAAGAUGAAGCAUCGACUCUCCGUUUCAAGGAACUUUGACCCACACAGCCUUGUGAGGACAGCUGAAUUUCGAGAGGAAGAGACUAAGAGCGACAAAGGCUAUGAAGGAGUCAAUCAGCGGAUUCACAAGCAUUUAAGAAGAUCUUCUAAAAAUGAAGUUCUCAAGCAACCUCUUUUUAACAAUCUUAUGUUUAAAAGGGUCGAGGGAAACACUCUUGAGCAUAAAGCUAAUCUCAAAAGGCUUAAUGUCAAGGGAUCCUUGAGAAGAAGAGCUAGGAGACCUCAUACAAGCAUGGAUAAUAAUGAUAAGACUCCCAAAAUUAUGAUUUUUCCACAAUGAAGCAAAGAUGACCUAAGAAGAAGCUUCAGCAAGCCAUUUGAGGAGCUUCGAGUGAGUUCGAUCAAAAGAAUCAGUCCUUUUGGAGCAAUCGAGCUAACCAACAGCCUGCAGCAGAACGAAUCUCGAACAUUCUUGAAGAGAAAUAUUCCUGAUGGGCCAAAAGAAUUCAAAAUCCGCCCAAAAAAGAAUUCUUUAAAAGGCUCGAUUUCUAGAGUUUCUGAGAGAAAAGAUGACUCUUCAAUGCAAGAGAUGCUAAACACCCAAGGGAAAGAUCUUGGGGAUGCUGCCAGUGAAGCCAGAACUGAACCAAAGAAACCUUCUAGUGUUCAGGACAAACUGGCUAAACUCUCUAUUAUCGAUCAUUUUAAAGAUCUUUCAAUAAAAGAAAAGAUUCGAAAGAGGAAAGAGAGAAGACUUAAAAAUCAAAAAUCAUCUAGUUCGAUAAUAAUGCUAAAAUAAGAAGACCCAUAAUGCUGCAUUGCAGACAGACAUUCCUCAAGACCAAGUUCCUGAUAAAAUAGAGGAACCCAAACAUCAAGAAUUUAUUAAGGAGGAAGGUUCUGAGAAAAUCUUAAAACCUACACUUCACAAGGGGUCUUCAGUGCAGGUCCAUCAGCCAAAGCUAUCAACACUAAAAUUAGCCGGUUAUAAGUCAUUCGUACCAAAGCUAAAUCUUGAUAAUAUCCGUAAACCAUUCAGCUACUUAGCUACCGGGAUCGAGCAAGAAUGAAUUCUUGGAGAAUCAUUAUCAAAUUACUCCCUCUCUUCGGUAAGAAUGGCUAAUAUGUGGAGACCAGUGAACGUAUUCGAGGAACAUAUGCAAAACUGCCUCCGAAAUGCAAACAAUCUUGUCCUCCUUGAAGACGGUUCCAACUUCGACAGAGAUUUUGACCAAGCUCUUGAUUGCUUAUUUGAACCUCAAAGUGUAAUCAUCGAGGAUAAAAUCUUCCAGAGGGACAAAUAGAGAUCAGCCAGAAAAUGCUAUUUUCGAUCAGAAAUGGAAAAAACUCAAUAAACGAAAAUAAGCUAAUAACUUUCUCUGGCAACAACAUAAUGUUCCAAGACGAUUUCGAGAAGCCAAUCGAGUUCCUAUCAACCUCUUACUACCAGAGGAAGAACAACAUUCGUGAAAGUUUCGGGUCAAGAAAAAGUAAUCCAAUAAGAAAAUUUACUCAUUCAAAAGAGUAUCGUAAGAGUAAGACUCAUCUCAAACCCAUCCAAAAGGUGUCUACCAUCUUUAUCAAUGGGCAAGAAUAUUCUAUCCCCGAGUUGACAAUUAACAAGUUCCAAAGACGAGGGGGCUAUAAUGACUCGAACUGGGCUAAAUCUCGAAGGGCUGAGUACUGCAAGUCUAACUCUAAUCGUCAAACCAAAAGAUUCCAAAGAAUGAAGUCUUUUUCAGAUAAAGCAAAGAAAAUGACUAAUAAUAUAAAUUUAAGCGUGAAUGCAGGAUCAAAGUUCAUUGAAAAAUAAAUUCACACAGAAACCGACUCUAGCAAAGUAUGACUUAAAGCAAACAACUCAGGUUCUCAACAAGAUCAUGCAGUUGCAAGCAAUCAAGGAAGAGGAUAAACGAAUCACAGAAGAAAGCAAGUCAAAUUCUGCAUCAAACUCCUUCGUGAGCACAUAUAACGGAGAAGGAGAGGAAGAAGAAGAUGAGGUUGGUGAACUAGAUGGCUCCCAUAAGUUCGUAAAGAGACCUAUCCGGACUAGACAAAGCAUGAAUACACCUAUAGCCAUUGAAUCUUCUAUAGGAGGUAAAAGAGCCCAGAUUAGACGAACAGUGACCAAUAUCGGCCCUGAGAUAAAUGACCUAGAGGAAAAGGAGUACUCUGAUGAUAUACAGGAGACUAAAUAAUAGCUUUUCACAUUUUGAUUUCAGUUAUUUCAAGCAAAAUCUGCCUUCAGUGGUACUUUCAGAGAGAGAUUUUAAAACCAAAGAAAGUAACAUGGAGUCUUCUUUGCAAAGCCUAAAUCAUGGUCUUAAGAAGAUGGUGACGAGUAAUUUACACAAGAACUAUGAAGAUACUAAAAAUAAGCACAUUGAGGAGUCUCUGGUACAAUUGCAGGAAUCAGAAGAUGCGCCAAAAGACUUUGAGAGGUGCCUAAUAUUUUGCAACCUAGACAAUCGCCAUGUAAAAGGACUUAACUUCGACGAAGAGGUUGAGGAGAGUAAAGAUUUUUACAGAAGCCAGAUUCAGUAUAAAGAUGUCAAAAGUCUGAUCAUGAGUAUGAGCAGCAAGAGCUAUUCUAACCGAAUCAGCAGUCUUGUAAGGCUGAAUACUGCUGAUAAUACUCUGAUCAAAGAGCUUAACACCGGAUAUGCUAGGAAAAGAAUGGACAUUAUUUUUGAUCAAUACUCCUCAAAGAGCUUUGUGAGGAGAUCAAAUAAGACUAUCAUUGAAAAAGCAAAGUCAACUGGUCUUUGCAUUCCUACUGGAGGACAUAAGUUAGAGGUCUAUCUGGAAGGAAUAAUAUCAGGGAUCGAUAAAAUCCUUUAUGAACGCAUGUUACCAAUAGGUUCAUUCCAUUCUCACAUUGCCAGAUUUAAAAGACAAAAACAUAAGAAGAUGAAAAUGGGUUUUAUGAUAAAUUUCAUCAGGGAAAAUCAUGGGGACACAAUAUUACAUGAGUACAAAAGAGAAAAGAACAUAGUGUUUUCCAAUUCGGUUGAUAAAGAAAUCAUGAAGAUUAUUUUUCCCGCUGAUUCAGACUUAGUCUCCCCUAGAGCAUAUCCAAAGACUGAAUAUCAGUCCUUGGUUAUCAAGAAGUUAGAGCAGCUAUCAACAUAUUUCGUAAACGACAGGCAAGUAAUGGCUCGAAGGGAAACGAACAAGAAUCAAAGGAAAGUACCAUACAAAAAUAGUAUGAUCUCACUUAAAAACACGAAAUUCGAAAAACAGCUCAGCAAGAAUUACCAACACUCUGCUUCAAUUGUCGUUUCCGAUGAUGUAAAUGUCAUUUGACAUGCGACUGAUAGAAUCAGCCUUCAUAGUAAACCUCAAAGAAAACCAAGCAGGCUUCCAAUUUCAUUCUCAAAGAAUUCCAAGAGUAAAGGAGAAUCACAGAACCAGCUGAGUAGCUCGAAACUGUCUCCAGUAGAUCAGGAAGUUAACAGAGGGAUGGCCAAACUCUAGAGAGAAUCAUGAGUGAGGAUAGUGAGGUUGAGUCAGGAGAUUUUGACCCUAAUUUCCUGCUUUCCACUGUAUUCGGAUAUCAAGAGGUUAUUAUCAAAUCACCAGAAGGACUCUUUACAAUAUUCGAACCGAAGAAAAGAAAGUUACAGCUGUUUAAGGAACCUGAAUUAGCUCAGAAUUUACUAAACGGUUACGUGAGUGAAUCAAGUUUCUCUCAAUUUGAAGAAUCCAGUGAGGAAGAAGUGAAUAUGUCUGUCGAAGACCAACCUGGCAUUGACUAUGGAAUAACUCCAAGAAAAGUAAUAAGACAUAAGACCAAUACUCCUCAGAUAAAUGCAAGUCCUCGGGUUAAUAAAAUUUUAAAGCGGGACCAAACUGGAAAUAUGGAUUGGAUCCCUAACCCAAAGGAGCAGGUUCAAAAGGAACAUAAAUCUAGUAAAAACAAGAUCACUUUUGAAGAUGUGAAAGAACAAGAGGAGUGAAACAAAGAUAUAGGCGGAUAUAUGAGUCCUUACAGCCCAGAGUUUUCCCCUACUGGGUCGCCAAUAAGCCAUAACAAUCAUAAAUCAAUUAAACUGACUAAGCUAAGAUGGGCUAAUAGGAACAAGUACUCUACAGAGAGUGAGAACGUCGAUACUUUUCUAGACGAUGGCAUGGAGACUAGCUCCGAAGAUAAGCAGUCAGGAGCCUCGCUUCAAAAGAAGAAAUCAAUAAGGAGGAAGAAGAUCAAAGAAGUUCCACUAAAGGAUCCAACUAGAAAAGGAAUCCAAGUGAUGACUACCAAGGAAUUCUCAAAUAGUUAUGUCAGAGAAUUUCCUCGUAAGGAAAUAGGAAGUAAAGCAAUGGUCAAGUUCUGGCAAAAAUCAGAUGAAAGUGACGUGGAAUCUAGCAUGGAAGAAGAAUCCUCUGAAGCCAAUAUCGUACAGAGAAUCAAACGGGGUUCGAGAUAUCAGAUGACAACUCCAGGGCUCUUUAUCCAAAAACUCGAUCCUGAUUCUGAUAAGGACAAGAAGAGGACUGAAACAGAUCAUUCGAAGUUUGGCCCUAUAUUACAGAAAAAUGAUCCUCAGAGACAGAAUGCUAAAUUCCUGACUCCUCAUUCUGAAUCAAGCCUAUCAGAUUAUGGCAAUACAUUAGGCAUGAGCUUGAAUAAAAGCCCGAAUCCACCUUCUAAGGAGACAUCAAAAUCCCUGAUGAAGAAAUUCCAGAAGAGCGAUGAUGGUGGAAGUUAUAAAAAGCAGAGAAGAAACCAUGACUCUAAAGAGUCAGAUGAAGAGUCUCACUACGGAGUCCAAAGGCGGCUCUUUCUUCGAACUUGUAAGAACCCUAUGAAAAUCUGGAAGACCCAGGGAUUUUUCAAAUCAAUGAAAGACAAGGCUAAGAACAAUAAAAAUGCAAAACCUGGUUGAGAAGGAAUCUCCUCUAAAAAGGAGAAGAAGUUUUAUAUGAACCUUUAUGACUCCAUUUUCCGAGGAAGAUGCCAAAAAUUAGAUGAGCUACUUAAAAAACAAACAAUCAAUCUUGAACGACAAGAUGAAAAAGGCAACACUCCUUUAUCUAUCUGUACCCAGAUCGGUAACUUGGAGAUCCUAAAGAUCUUGAUUAGGCAUGGGGCAAGCAUUAAUCCAACCCCAAAUUUUGAAGGAAAUACUCCAUUACAUUAUUCGUUAACAUACAGGUUCGAAAAGAUAUCAGAGGUGCUGAUAAGUAAUGGGGCUAAUCAAUUAGCAAAGAAUAAUAAGGGCAAUACUCCUUGGGAAGGAAUCUAGCUAUUGCCCUGAAUAGCUAUUCAUUUGUAUCAAUGUAAGUUCA